UUGGGCGCUGUGGGGCUGAACUCAAGGGUCGCGAGUGGCUGGGCGGGCCGGGUCCUGCGGGGAAGGAGGCGGCGUGGAGCUGGGGCUUGGGUUUCCCGUGGUUGUCCGUGGCUGCGAGUCCUGUUGAGCCCCGGGUUGCGUCCUUGACACAGCGCGGUUCUCGGAAUAAUCCAGAAUGGCUACUCUGAUCUUUGUUGAUAAGGAAAACGGAGAACCUGGCACCCUCGUGGCUCCUAAGGAUGGGCUGAAGCUGGGGUCUGGGCCUUCAGCGAAAGCCUUAGAGGGGAGAGCGCAGGUUUCAGCGCCCCUUCUUGGCAAAAGGUUUGAUGGUCCACCAGCCUUACCGAAAGCUGCCAGAAAGGCUUUGGGAACUGUCAACAGAGCUACAGAAAAGUCCGUGAAGACGAAUGGACCCCUCAAACAAAAACAGUCCAGCGCUGCCAAAAAGAUAACCGAGAAGAACAUUAAAGCAAAAAACUCUGUUCCUGCCUCAGAUGACACCUAUCCAGAAAUAGAAAAAUUUUUUCCCUUCAAUCCUCUAGACUUUGAGAGCUUUGACCUGCCGGAAGAGCACCAGGUCGCACACCUGCCCUUGAAUGGAGUGCCUCUCAUGGUCCUCGACGAGCAGAGGGAGCUCGAGAAGCUGUUGCAGCUGGGCCCCCCUACGCCGGUGAAGAUGGCUUCUGCGCCCUGGGAGGCUGGUCUGUUGCCAUCUCCUUCAAGCAUCCUGUCGGCCCUGGAUGUUGACCUGCCACCCGUGUGUUAUGACAUGGAUAUUUAAAUUUCUUACUGCUUGGUAGUCUGUGUUAAUAAAGCAUUUCUUUCAUGGAAGUUAA